UAUUAUCGCUUCUAUUGUCUGUGAUUCUGUUGCCGUGGGAGUGGGCUCCUUCGCAUUUUGCAAUAAUUACACAUAUUUUUGUACCAAACGAACAAAUUAUUUUAGUGAUAAUAACACUUGUUCGACGACUGCUGUUAUUUAAUAUAGUUGUUGGAAAUUAUAGAACAUAAGAAUGGCAGAAGACUUGGAUGUAGAGGCUAUGUUAGAAGCCCCUUACAAUAAAUCGGAUAACACUUCCUCUUCAAAGCAUCGAUCGGACAAGUAUUCUGAUAAGCACAAAGAAAGGGACAGAGAUGGAAGUCGAAGACGCAGCAGAUCAAGAGAAAAAAGAAGAUCACGUGACAGAGACUCACGUCGCUCAAGAGACAAGGAUGACAAAAAGGAUAGAGAACGCGAGAGGGACAGGGAUCGUAGGGACCGGGAUAGAGACCGUAGCCAUAAAGAUAAGGAGAAGGAACGAGAAAAGGAUAGGGAUAAGCGGCGCAGCAAAGAUAGAGAUCGUAGUAAAGAUAGAGAGCGUAGUCGUGACAGACACUCCCAUAAAAGAGAAAAAAGUAAAGAAAAAGAUAAAGAAUAUCGCUCCACAUCUAGAGGCCUUGAACCUAAAUUAGAAGACCUGCCCCCAGAAGAGAGAGACUUGCGCACAGUUUUUUGCAUGCAAUUAUCUCAACGAAUUAGAGCUAAGGACUUAGAAGAAUUUUUCUCUUCUGUUGGUAAAGUUAGAGAUGUAAGGCUUAUUACAUGUAAUAAGACCAGAAGAUUCAAAGGGAUAGCUUAUAUUGAAUUCAAAGAUGCUGAAUCCGUGCCUCUGGCCCUGGGGUUGACAGGACAAAAGUUAUUAGGUGUACCAAUAAUAGUGCAACACACACAAGCUGAGAAAAACAGAGUUGGGAACACACUGCCUAACUUAGCUCCAAAGACUAGUAAUGGCCCAACCAGGCUUUAUGUUGGCUCCUUGCACUUUAAUAUAACUGAAGAUAUGUUACGGGGUAUUUUUGAACCAUUUGGAAAGAUAGAUCACAUACAACUUAUGACAGAUCCAGAAACAGGCAAAAGUAAAGGAUAUGGGUUUCUAACGUUUCACCAUGCACCUGAUGCCAAGAAAGCUAUGGAACAAUUGAAUGGUUUUGAGUUAGCAGGCCGUCCCAUGAAAGUAGGCAAUGUUACAGAGCGCACAGAUGGUGGAUCUAGUACCCGUUUUGAUGCAGACGAACUGGAUAGAGCUGGUGUUGAUCUUGGGGCCACCGGGAGACUACAACUUAUGUUCAAACUUGCUGAGGGUACAGGACUUCAGAUACCGCCGGCUGCUGCAUCGGUAUUAAUGGGCGCAGGCUCAGCACUGGUCAACCCUCAACCCCAAGUGGCUCCACCAAUCGCAACACAAUGCUUCAUGUUAAACAAUAUGUUUGAUCCAGCAACUGAGACAAAUCCAAGUUGGGACAUUGAAAUUCGGGAUGACGUCAUUAGCGAAUGUAACAAGCAUGGUGGCGUGCUGCAUGUCUACGUAGAUAAGGCGUCGCCCCAGGGCAACGUGUAUUGCAAGUGCCCGACUAUAGCCACCGCGGUGGCGUCAGUCAACACGCUCCACGGCCGGUGGUUCGCCGGGCGGGUGAUCACCGCCGCGUACGUACCGCUCGUCAAUUACCAUUCCCUAUUCCCGGAUGCAAUGACCGCACUCACUCUGCUACUGCCAACUAGACAGCGAUAGGUUACACGGGUCGCAAUAAAAAGCAUUUAAGUACUGGAAAACAUUUUAUUUUAAGGGAUUUGUGUGUAUACUGUUUUUUUAGGUUAUCUAGCAAUAACUAUUCUAGAUAAUAAAACGUUGAUAAAAA